AUGGCAGACUCUCUCAGAGUUGAGGAGGUGGGCUGGGAUCAUCCUGAUGCCUCCGCCCUGAGAGAACAACAGCGCGUCGACAUUGCUGUUCUGUACGACCGCGUCGACUCGGAGCCAGGCACCCCACCGAGCGCUGACGAUAUAACGUGCUUCUGUGUAGCUUACCAGAGCGGCGUCGCUGUCGGAUGUGCAGGCUUACGCAGAUUGGAUCAAGACUCAGCGGAGCUCAAAAGGAUGUUCGUCGCAAAGCCCGCCCGCGGCAAAGGUGCGGCCGACGCCCUCGUCGAGUUUCUCGAGCGCAAAGCACUCGCCUUGGGCAUCCGUCGUCUCUUGCUCGAGACGGGCGACAAGCUGAAAGAAGCGCAGCGCUUCUACACUCGCAAUGGCUACCGCAUCAUUCCUAACUUUGGCUAUUACCAGGGUAUCGAGACGUCCAUCUGCAUGGAGAAGACUCUCUCGGAUGCAUGUACGGCACCGCCAACAAAUGUCUGA